AGGUAUCUCUCUUUCUCUCUCUGCUUUCCUCUUCUUCUCUUUCUUCUCUUCUUCUGAUCUGAGUCUAAUCUUUUUUUUUUUUUUCCAGUUCUGAAACGAAAUAGAUGGUUAGAUUGAUCGAUAUACAGUCUAGUCUACUACACUGACUGUAACUGAGUUCUAAAACUACACACAGAGAAAGGAAUACAGAGAGAACCACCGAGAGUUUAUUUGAUAAUCUUUUGGCCAUGGAUUCGCCAAGUGAAGAAACUUUUUUUGUGAGUCCUAGUGUUGAGCCCGAAUCAUCUUCUAUUGACCCAUCUACCCAAUCUAAUGCUCCCCCUCGUAGACCACCCUUGGCCAAAACUAGUAGUAGUGGGAGAAUAACAUCAAAGACUUGGGAUCAUUUUGAAAAGAUUAAGGGCAUUGAUGGGAAAGAUAGGGCUAUGUGCAAGUAUUGUAAGAAAGAAUAUAUGGCAGGCUCUAAGAGUCAUGGAACAAGUAAUUUGUUAAGUCAUUUGAAAAAUUGUACAAAGUACCCAUAUAGGGAUACUCAUGGGCAACAAUCAUUGGGAUUUAAACCCAGAGAAGUUGGUGGGGAGGAUGUUGUUGAUGUUGUGGCUACGUCAUUUUCUAUAGAAGUUGCUAGAAGGCAUCUUGCGGAGAUGAUAGUAAUAGAUGAAUUGCCCUUUAGAUUUGUGGACGGGGUUGGUUUUAAGAGGUUUUGUAAUGUCAUGCAACCCAAGUUCAAGAUUCCAUCUCGAUAUACCGUUGCUAGGGACAUUCUAGACAUAUACACCAAUGAAAGGGAGAGGGAUCUUCUUAAAAAAUGUGUAAAGUGGUCAGUUGGUAAUGGCAAGAAUAUAUCCUUCUGGAAUGACUGGUGGUGUGGAGAGACUACUAUUGCAUCUCAAUGCCUAGGUACGCAUACCGCUAACUGUCUGAAAGUUGCCGAUGUUAUCAAUGAUGAUGGGUCAUGGAACCUUGUUUCAAAACCUGAGUUCAUCCUCCAAUCCAUCCUGUUAGAUAUGUCCCAAAUACAUUUGCCUCAGUUUGUUAAAGUUCCUGAUAAUCCCCAUUGGAAAGGAGCUCCUACUGGUAAUUUUUCUGUCAGUGCAGCCUAUGAUCUCUUAACCAAGUUGGAUCAGGACACUGAUUAA